CCACAGUAACAGUGAGAGGUUUUUUGUUUGUUUGUUUGUUUGUUUUUUUUACCAUGGCAGGAAAAGAGAAACUGGAUUUGGUCCGUCAAAACGCAAUCCACACAGAGACCGUAAGGAAAGAACAAAGAGUGCAGAAACUCCACACCGAGUUCAGCAUCAAUCCGUACCGGAAACUGCACAUCCUGCCAGACAAACCCAUGUCUAGGAAACCAACAGAAGUUUUUGAAGAGGACUUGGACUUCCUCAAGGCUUACCACAAGGCCCAGGAGGUGCCCAGCAAGAAAUAUUCAAGGCCACUUACUGAGAGUCAGGAGAUUGGAUGGGUGGCAACUCCACUGAUCCCAUCAAACCGUCACGACAGCAGACUCAACUUCCCCAGAUGCCGUACGGACAUCACCAAAAACCAAUGAUUUGGGCUGCCGCUUUAGUUCACGUGGGUCACCAUGUACAGCUACACCAAGAAUUUGCCUGACGAACAUCAAAUUAAACCAUGAAAAGCAGAGAGAAGUGAGUUCAAAUGAAUUUGUUUAUCAUACAAACACACAGGUGUCAGCACAGUCUGCCCUUUCUGUAUUUCCAUCUUAGCAAACUAAGAAAAACACUUGGCAGGGGAAACAUUUGCACAGGUCUAUACAAAGCACAUUCACCCAACCCAUACUAAUCAUAUUAAUGAAUAGGAAAGGGCAAAACUGACAGCUGCUCAAUAUUAUAAAAUGCCAUGUCACAUGGGAGAGAAUCAAUGAGUCAAGGAGCCGAGUUAGAAAAAAUAAAACAGAAUACACCAGACUCAGAAGAACACACAGUGUCAACCGGACAGCAGGGAGGUGUGAGUAAAUACUGAGGUGUAAUAACAGAGUGGGCACUAAAUCCACCCUAUAGAGACAAUAGCGGCCACAGACAAUAAAAACUUAUCUAUGGUCAUUACUUAAUUAACUUCUCUUUAUGAGCCUUAUGGAAAUUGCGUGUAGUAAAGCAACUUGGGUCGCUCAAUGCAAUCCGCUCUUGACUUUAGUUGUCUGGUCCUUCAAACAGCCUUCUU